CAUUUUGACGACACCGUGCGGUUUGCUUUAAGUGGGUAAAUUUUCACUGUCUUUGUCAUUAAUGUUCGAGUAUUCAUCCCUCACUAACGUCCGAUUUUCAAUCUUGCGGUAGUACCAGGACAGUGAGCUCAGAAUAUAAACUGACGAAGUGUUUAUCUGUGGUAUACUGCCAAGUAGUAAUAUGCUGAAUAGUAGGCUAAAGAUGAUGGUUUGUGAAAAAAGUAAGAAGAAUGUUACUGAGUCAAGUAUUUUCAAACAGAAUAUGCAGACACACACCAAUGACAAGCCUUUUCGUUGUGAGAAAUGUAAGAAAACCUUCACCUAUUCAUGUCAUCUCAAACGACAUAUGCGAACACACAGCAAUGAGAAGCCUUAUCAUUGUGAGCAAUGUGAAAAGAGUUUUACCCAAUCAAUUCAUCUAAAAUAUCAUAUACGAACACAUACCAAUGAGAAGCCGUAUCACUGUGAGCAAUGUGAAAAGAGUUAUACCACAUCAAGUGGUCUCAAAUAUCAUAUACGAACACAUACCAAUGAGAAGCCUUAUCAUUGUGAACAUUGUGAAAAGAGUUUUAUCACAUCAAGUAAUCUCAAAUGUCAUAUACGAACACAUACCAAUGACAAGCCUUAUCAUUGUGAGCAAUGUGAAAAGAGUUUUACCCAAUCAAGUCAUCUCAAAUAUCAUAUACGAACACAUAAUAAUGAGAAGCCUUAUCAUUGUGAACAAUGUGAAAAGAGUUAUACCACAUCAGGUAGUCUCAAAUAUCAUAUACGAACACAUACCAAUGAGAAGCCUUAUCAUUGUGAGCAAUGUGAAAAGAGUUUUACCCAAUCAAGUAAUCUCAAAUCUCAUAUACGAACACAUAAGGAGAAGCCUUAUCAUUGUGAACAAUGUGAAAAGAGUUUUACCCAAUUAAGUUAUUUCAAAUAUCAUAUAAGAAUACAUAACUUGGAAAAACCCAAUCAAGAGGAACACUCAGAUUUAUUCACUUUGCAUAGUAGCUUAAACGAGAGAAGCCAUCAAAAUAAACCUGAAAACUGUUCUUGCAUAAAUAAUGGAAGUUUUACCAUGAUAGAUAAUUCAGCAGAGCAGUUUUACUGUCGUCAGUGUGAGUGUAUAUACAGUCAAUUAUCUCAUGAAAGAAACUCAUUAAUUAUUCAUACAGAGAAGAAAUAUACAUAUAGGUCGAAAUCCAUAAAUGGUGAAAAUAAGUUCACUGUCACAUUCAACAGACAAGAUGAGAGUUCAAAUGUGGAAGAACAGGAACGAUUGUUCAUUAUGCAUACUGGGUUCAUUGUUGAGAAAAGAAUUCACAAACACAUAGAAGAAUUCAGAUUGUACAUCCACGGGGUUGAUAAGUGCUGA